GGACGUCCCUAUAGAUCCCACAGCCCGUCCCCUAGAGAAUAGCCCCUAUAGAAUGUCCCCUAUGGGCUAUCCCCUAUAGAAUACCCCUGUAGGUUGCCCCUAUAGACCCCGCAGAGGCAGUGGCGGGCGCUGCCGGCCUCGCAGCUCCCCUCCCGCCCUCCCCUACGGCCGCUAUAGGGUGCGCGUAGGGCCCCGUCCCGCCCCGCCCAGCCCGGCCGGGGGAGGCGGUGCCGCCGCCGCCGCCGGGACUACGGCUCCCGGCCUGCCCUGCCCUGCCAUGGCGGAGAUCCGCGUGUUCCCCCUCUCCUGCGCCGUGCAGAACUACUCCUGGGGCAAGGUGGGGCUGGAGAGCGAGGUGGCCAAGCUGGUUGCCACCAGCGACCCCCUGGUCCAGAUCCAGCCCGACCAGCCCUACGCCGAGCUCUGGAUGGGUGCCCACCCCCGGGGCGACGCCGUCAUCCGGGAUAACCGCAUCCCCCAAAAGACGCUGGGGCAGUGGAUCGCCGACAACCCCGCCUGCCUGGGAGCGAAGGUGAAGGACGCCUUCCAGGGACGCCUGCCCUUCCUCUUCAAGGUGCUCUCGGUCAACACUGCCCUCUCCAUCCAGGCGCACCCCAACAAGGAGCUGGCAGCAAAGCUGCACACACAGUUCCCUGAGCACUACCCCGAUGACAACCACAAGCCCGAAAUGGCCAUCGCUCUCACCCCCUUCGAGGGCUUGUGCGGCUUUCGGCCAGUGGAGGAGAUCGUCUCCUUCCUCCAGACCGUCCCCGAGCUGCGGGCGCUGAUCGGGGAGGUGGCGGCGGAGCAGCUGGAGCGCAGCGGGAGCGAUGACCCCCGGGGCGUCUCGGCCGCCCUCCGCGUCUGCUUCACCCGCCUGAUGAAAAGCGAGAAGAAGUUCUUUGUCGACCAGCUGAACAUGCUGGUGAAGAGGAUCUCCCAGGAAGCAGCGGAAGGGAAGGACACGUCAGGGAGCAACGGGGACCUGCUGCUGCGCCUGCACUCCCAGUACCCAGGGGACAUCGGCUGCUUCACCAUUUAUUUCCUCAACCUGGUGAGGCUGGAGCCGGGGGAGGCCAUGUUCCUGGGAGCCAACGAGCCUCACGCCUACCUGCAGGGAGACUGCGUGGAGUGCAUGGCAUGCUCGGAUAACACAGUGCGGGCCGGGCUCACCCCCAAAUUCAUCGACGUCCUCACCUUGUGCGAGAUGCUCAACUACACGCCAGCACCCAGCAGCUCCAAGAUCUUCCCGGCCACGCAGAGCCAGCUCGACCCCAGCGUCUACCUCUACGACCCACCCGUGCCAGACUUUGCCAUCAUGAGGAUAGAGAUCCCCGCCUCCAUCAAGCUGUACCUUGUCUCUGCCGUGGACUCUGCCAGCAUCUUGCUGGUGAUCCAAGGGACGGCCGUGGGCACCUCCACAGCCGCAGCCUCCGAAAUGACUCUGCGUCGUGGCUCCGUCCUCUUCAUCUCCGCCAACGAGAGCAUCUCCCUCCACCUUGCCUCGCCAGACGGGAUGCUGCUUUUCCGAGCCUGCUGCCUCCUCUGAGCGGCACCUGGGACGCUUCCCCCCACCUCCAUCACUCCACGUUUGAGUAGAUAGAAACUGGCCUGGGCAAAGUCACCUCGCUUGGAAGUUUCCCCUCCAUCCGUUAAACCCUCCCAAAACCAGCCCGCGCCUCAGGUAUAGAAAGAGCAAUUCCACGAAUCGACUCCUUGGAUGUGGCACAGAGGAAGAGCAUCUCCACUCAUUAGCCACAGAGCAUCAUCCCCUUUUGGGUGCUGCUAACGCCCUAUGGCGACUCCUUUUAUUUUGGGGUUUCCCCCCUUUUCCUUCCCACUGGAAAGCAGCAGGGAGGCCUGAUGUCUGCACCCCCAGGUCUCAAACAUGUUUGUCCAGCUUCUAGGAGCUGCUGCUACCCCCACUGAGAAUGUGAUGCCAAGAUUUUCUGCUGCUCCUGGGCAUCUGGUGGGCUCUUCCUGAGCCUGGCCCGAUGGCCAUCAGUCCUCUGAGCCGUGUCACCCCUUCCCUGGCUGUAAAAAAAGGGGUGAUGGAGCCGGAGAGCCUCCGGUGCUGUGAAUAAAGUGGUGGCUUUGUCCUCGG